AGUCUCCACUGCCUCCGCGGUUUGGUAUCAUGAUCCGUCCUCUAUUACUCCUCGCUACAAUACUAUGUGUUUCGGAAGCGAUGUCGCCCAACAAGGGGGUACCUGAUGCUGUUCAGCCGCACGUUGAUGAGUCACCUGACCAAUACUGCCAAUCUCUCUGCGGGCCAUCUAACUUGUGCAGAGACAAGGGCUCGUACUGCAAAGCAUACGGCCCCCCUGGAGAUGGCGUUGGUGUAUGCCAAGGCUUUUACUAUCGCCCAGAUAACAGUCUAUGCUACUUCGGAUUCUCCGAUGAUUGCCCUGAAAAUCGCCCAGUCUUCUGCAGAGGAAAUGGGACCACUACACCUGGGCCUACCACUACGACUUCACCUGUCAGCACAACUACAGCUGGGCCUUCCACUACGACUGCACCUGGCAACACCACUACAGCUGGGCCUUCCACUACGACUGCACCUGGAAACACCACUACACCUGGGCCUUCAACGACUACUCCAGCUCCCUCGGCUGCUCAUCCUACUGGGCUGUACGUUGGGAGUGGGAACUUCUCUGGUACCGCUUUCAGCGUCAAUGCUACAUUCAGUGAGAAUGACACGAUUCUAGAAAAGAUGUAAGGGGUUCACACUCGGAGGUCAUCUGCUUUUCAGGAAACUGUAAAAUAGUGGUACUCCACAGUAAGAAACUGCGGAAUAUCGUGAGUUAUGUGAAGAGAAAUUGCUCUCUUCGCAGGAGUAUCAAGAUCGCGACCAACCCUGUUCUCACCAUCCCGCCUCUCCCCUACAAGAUGAACGGCUCAUCCAUUGUCGUGACCAAUUACACUGGUGUACCUGACGCUUUCAAGCCAUUCCUGAAGCAGGCAAAGCUGACAUAUAAUCAUGCCGAUGAGACUAUAGCCUUCGUUAUCCCUGGGCUCGUCAAUGUUAAGCUGCGUCGACCGUAAAGCGACAGUGGUGACUUUAAGCGAUGAUCGGGGCUUCAAGCGCCGAUGCUGCUCACUGAGCCAUGCUCACCACUAUUUCGUCAUUUAUUUCAUUAUCAGUCUCGGUCUUGCUCCUGUGCAGAGCCCACGAGUGACCGAUGUGGCAUUGGGAAUAUCUUAUGUAUUUAUGCCCGCCGAAUGAAUUUGACGUCGUCAAGCGAGCUAGACAAUGAGGCUUUCAGCUCGCCUGAUCAUAUCUUGAGGCCCAAGGUUCUUCGGCUCCAAUUUUUCCGGAGGUCGUCGGUGGUACCAGUCGUCAAGUCGUUGUAGUCUACCAAAGAUAGGUUCCCCUUUCACAG